GGCCUUUGCAUGUUACUCUAAUAACAGAGCCAAUAAACUCGAUUAAAAUAACUUUAUAUAGAGUUACUAUAAAUGCAAUGGUCUCGUUUAUUUAUGCGUGCCUGGAAUAUAUCAAUUCAUCAAGCGGAACAUUACAGUGCUGAGCUUCGUUUCCACCGCGGGAGGAGGGGUUUCGUUGGUGGACAUUUCGUGUCAUGCGUUAGAGGAGAAUGACAGCAAAUUGAGUGCUUACCCGCUAGAUGUUUUGCCAAAUUGGGGAACACACUACCAGUAAAUCAACUGCAGUGGUGAUGAUUUGAGUAAUAGAUUUUAGUAUUAUGGCCCGUGUUGUGAAAGUGUUUCGGACGCUACGGAAUCACUGGAAGAAGUCCACAUUUGCAGUGUGUGUCCUGUCGUACGGUGGCCACUGGUUGUAUGGAAAACAUAGUGACCAUGUUUUACGAAGAGAAGCCUGUCAAGAAGCUAGGGAAUAUGGGCGACAACUAAUUGGCCCUCAGGAGCAGUUAAAGAAAGCAACUGUCAUCUUGAACCCGGCUGCAUGCAGUGGGAAGGCCAACAACCUGUUUGAAAAGAAUGCAGCACCCAUUUUACACCUGGCUGGUGUGGAAGUGAAAUUAGUGAAGACAGACUAUGAGGGUCAGGCCAAGAAGCUGAUGGAGUUGAUGGAAAACACUGAUAUGUUAAUAGUUGCUGGAGGAGAUGGAACACUGCAAGAGGUUGUUACAGGGCUAUUGAGGAGACCCGAUGAGGGAGUGUUUAGUAGGACACCCAUUGGAUUCAUACCACUUGGUUCCCAGAAUUCCCUGAGCUACAGCCUACAUCCUGUGACUGAUGAUAAAGUCAAACGCAUCACCUCAGCAACGCUGUCAAUUUUGAAGGGAGAGACCAUUCCCCUGGAUGUUCUGCAGAUUCAGGGAGAAAAAGAACAGCCUGUGUUCGCUCUGGUCAGUCUCCGCUGGGGGGCUUUCAGAGAUGUAGCUGCCAAAAUCAGCAAGUACUGGUACCUUGGCCCAUUGAAGACCAGAGCAGCUCAUUGGUUCAGCACACUCAGGGAGUGGCCUCAGGUGCGACAGGCCUCCUUGUCCCUGCUGCCCCCUGUUCCCCGACCAGCAGAUGAAAUACCACAGAAACUCACACGCCCCAAUCUCGCAUAUCGCAUCGCCCGCAGGCUGAAGAACUACUGGAACCCUCCUGUAAUAGAACCUCCUAAAGAGCCAGAGCCAGAGCGAUGGGAAGAGAUGGAGAUCUCUACGGCAGAGCUGGUAGUCAGCACCCAGAACAAAAACCCUGUGCAACGGCGGGCAGAUGAUGCAAUGCUGGUCUGUGUGGAGCCAGAUGCCCUCACUGUUGGCCAGUUCAUCACUAUGGGCACUGAGAAAGCAGAGGACCCUUCGGUGUGUAUGCCCAAUGCUGUGAAACUGGAGGCCAGUGCCUGCAAACUUAACCCACAAGAGGAGGGCGCUGGCUUUUUCCACAUUGACAAUGAGGAGUACGAGGCAAUGCCAGUGGAGGUGAGGCUGUUGCCACGGAAACUGCAUUUUUACUGCUCUGGGGAGCGCCGCGAGCAGCUACUGGCUGAGACGGCAUGAGCCCCACAACACCACCGGGCAGCAACAGGGAUAGGAGAGGAAGAUUUAAAAAAAAAAAAAAAAAAAAAAAAGUCUUAGUAUUUUGGUACUCUCACCCCCCUCUCUCUCCUGCUGCCUUCCAAGCCAUCUGUGUACCACACAUUCUGGAUUUCAUAGAAAAAGCAUCAUUCAGAAGGACCAAUCGGAUGUCUGCCGAACAUCCACAUUAGGGGGGAGGCCAGAGUGGGCAUGUCCAUAUGUCUGAUCUCGGACCAGUCAGAACAUAAAACAUAAAACAUAAAAAUUCACAUGCUUUUUAGUUUACAUGUGCAGCUGUACAGAAUUAUUCAUUUAUUUGGUUAGGUGCUGGGUUGCUUUCAGUGACAAGCUUGAGGAAUUGCAGUAAUUGAGUACUUCUAACCCUCUGUCAAAGUCAUCAAAAUAUUAGAGUUAAUGAGUAAUAUAAAAAAAAUAUUUCACCACA